AUGGCUACGUUCUACUCGUAUUUGUUAGUGUUCCACUGCUUGAGUUUAGUUCAAGGUCAGUUACUGAUGGAAAUUAACAGGGGUCCGUCGUUAGGGUUCGCCGACUUCUUCAGGCUACCCAGAAAUACCACCGCGUGCCUCGGAGACAUUUCCUCGAAUUCGUGCUUCAAAUAUCGUGCUUCUCCGGGGCGUAUCCGCAGAAUUCCUUGUUUGUGUUCAUGUUCUACGUCUCCGUUCGAAGUAUCCCGGUUAAUGUUUUUCGAACCGAGCAAUUCUUGCCUGGAGGUCAGCUUGGCUCGUCGCAGAUCAGGUAAUAUAACUUGCUUAAGGUAUCGGUCUCAAAGUGAUACAACUACAACUAUCCUUGGUGUUUUGUAAUCAUAUAAUGUCAAGAAAGAGAUCAUUUUCAACUUAACUGCGUUCUUUGUGAAAUGGAGCAAUAAUGCUGUUGUUGUUGGUGCUGGUGGUAGUGGUGGUAUGGUAGUACAUGGUGAUCAAGUCUCGGCCGAGGUUUUUAUUAGAAAUAAGGACGAACGUUUCCCCUGACAUUUCAAGUAGAUGAAUGUUACCAGGUUCAAGGUACUUGCACAUUACUGAAUUUUGCCUUUUGAUUUGACAAUAGAAUAGAGUAUUACUCUAACGUGAGAUCAGGCUCUAUUUUCAUUUCGCUUUGAAAAUAACACUCCGGCGGGCAAGGCGAAACGAAAAGAGAGCCUGAUAUAAACCUUCUACGAAACGUCUUCGGCCCACUUUUUUGAUUAAUUGACAUUUGCCGAAUCAGCCAACAAAAAUUACUUCCGUUGCUUGUUUUUUUAGUAUACGUGGGAAAAAUGCAGACUCGCUGACUUAAAAAAUGGCUUUUGGUUUUUAAUUUUUCAACUAAAAAUAACUGACGGUCAGCACAAUCACAUUUAACUUCUUGCGAGAUUAAAGGAGAACUCAAAGGUUAUUUCUCUUGGCGGAGAAGGUAAAAAGGUUUCGAAAAGACGGCGACACGAUGUUCUAGUUUUAAUAUUCUGGCUAGGUGCGCUCGAAUUUAAAAUACUGAAAUAUCUAUGUACUAACAAUUAAUGAGGGCCGCACCAGUGCCUAAAUUUGUCCGAUCGCUUGCUUGUGAUUACCGUAAUGAUUCGAUUUAGCGCCCUCCUUCCAAUGAGCCGCACCCCCUUCGAAUAAGCGCCCUCUUCAAAUGUGGUUUGUUAAUAAGCGCCCCCAUUCUAAUAUUACAUAAAAAUCAUUUAAUAGCACACAAAUGAACGGUAAUGCCACAUAACAAAAACAGUGGUUCUAUCUCCUUGUGAGUGCAUAAAUUCUUCAAACGAAUGAUUUCUUCUUCAAAUUUUUUUGGCGAUUGCUCGGAUGGUCGUUUUGGCGAGGAAGGAUCCAGGGACAACAAGUCCGUUUUCCAGUCCCCUUGAUCCAUUCACCUUGACUUGCACUUUGUUCUCACUGCGGGCUUUUUGAAGAAAGGUGAAUGUAAGGAAGGAAAGUUUCAUCGGCACAUGCUCAACAAGUUUCAGGUCCCUUACGUUGAACAUUUGGUUGUUUCUCAAAAUAGAAAUAAGCGCCCUGUCCCGAAUAAGCGUCCUCCUUUGAGGCACCAAGAGUAAAUAAGCGCCCUGGGCGCUAAAUCGAAUCAUUACGGUAAGUCUAUUUUUUUACUUGUCACGCGCUUAAAACAUGGGUUCGAGUUAUUGAGGGUAAAAUUAUAUAGAAAUGAUCUGAAAAGAAACAAAAAUUAGUAUUACUUAGCAUGAGGUUCGAGUCAGUAGCGCCGGUUCGAGUUAUGGGAGUACGAUCGACUGCGUAUCCUUUUUAAACGAUCUUUCUCUUAUUGUGCGUUUUAGAAUAUUCCGUAUAUUCCGUGUUUUGUUUUAGAAUAUUCUGUAAAUUCAGUCUUUUAGUAUAUUCUGUAUUAAGAAUAUUGCAUGUAUUCCGCCAUUCCCUUCGGCCAGUCCGCCAUUCCACCAUUCUGCCCAAUAGGAUAACCCGCGUACACUUGCAAUUAGCGAAUUUACUAGAGAAACAGACGUCUCACAAAUAUAUUUUUUUAUAAAUCCAGGUAAGUAUUAUCUGCCACUUUGGAAAAACGAUACGACACUUUUAAAACUGCAUGCUCAACUGACCUAUAAAUAAAACGAACAACAAUAUUUCAAACACACUUUGUAGUUCUCCUUAUUUGUGUUGUUGUUUUACUGCAGGUCUGAAAACUUGGCUCGCUAAAUUUAUUAAUUAGCAAUUAACAAACAGCAAACAGCCUACGAGCAAGGACCGCUCAUAUUCGAGGGCGGAGUUUAUUUGAAAGUGGGACGAGACAAAGAACUGUUUUAACUACGGCAUUAUUUUUUUUCCCGUUUUUCUAUUAAUCAACAUAAUCAGGAGCCACGACAUAACUAACGUACGUGUGUAUAUUGAUUUUGAUUAUAUCAGGGCCGCGGCGCUUAUUCGGGGGCGGCGCUCAUUCACUCUUUUUCUUCCAAAAGCGGUGCUUAUUGGAGGAAGGCGUGUAAUCGGGGACAUUGCUUAAUCGGGUAAAUACAGUAGGCCUUCUACUGUAUCUGUACUGUGUGUCAUUGAAUCUGUACUGUACUGUCAUUGAGUUUGUCGAUUCUUUCAUACCUUCGCGUCGCAUCAGCGAUUCAUUCGUUACUAAAAUAUGGAACUGGGAACGGGAAACGGGAAACGGGAAAAGGGAGAUGUGAAUCGGGGGACAGGAAAUGUGAAACGAGCACAGGGAAUGGGGUAAUGAAAAUAGGAGCCUAAAGAUUUUUGAAUUUUUGACAACAUUGUCUCGCACCCACUGUUCUUUCAACGCAGGGUGUGAUUUACUUUUCACCGACGAGACGGCACACUUCUCCAUAUCUUCUAUUUCUCCAAUCGGUGUUACUCAAAAGGCCAUCAACGUCCCUGCUAACAACACAUGUAGCUUUUACUUUGGGGAGAAACUCCAUGCACAAUACAUUGGUUGCGACGGAGACUGGAGGGAGAUCCCAUCAAGCAGUGUAAAUGAGAGUUUAGAGGUCACUCCUGGUUGGAACACGAGCCAGCUGAUACUGCGGGUUGGUAUAUUUAAAACGUGGAUGACAAUUGAGUUCCUCGCAUAGCCCUCGUGGAGAGAGGUGUAGAAAUUUGUAGAAGUUUGCCUCGUGCGCGUCAAUUGUGUUUGGAUUACACCUUUUCACUAUAUUUCUAUCGGUUUGGUUGGUAUCCGCCGUUGCUUAGCAACAAAAUUGCGACCAAACAAACCUAACCUGGUUGCUUUUGCGGCCGUUUUAGCGGUUAAAAUUGCUUUCGACUGUGAAUUUCGAAAGUACAAGUACUUUUAAGAAAAAAAAAUUAUAAUAAAUCGUUUUGAACCACUAGCUUCAAAACAGGGGCCAAAACCAAGGUAUUGAGAGAACAGGGAUCCCUGGUUCGAAACCUGGAGGGGUCGUUGAUUGAUUGCUUUUUCUACGAUCAAUUUUCAAACCCACUAAAAGGUGGUUGUAUAUAAGGAACAAGCAGCCUAACAGGUUUCCAGUACAAACUAGCAAGUCAAAUGUCCCAUUUCUUUUUCAUUUUAGACGAAAGGCAACGUUUCAUCUUUCCUUAACGAUAACUUUGGUCGAAUCUUUAGAGUCGCACUGCAAUACGACAACCCUGUUACUAACCCUUUUUACUCUUAUAUCUUUUAUUUUUUGGGUCCGCAGUAAUUGGCUUUAGCUGUUGCGGUGUCCCUGUCCAAAUAUUUAAGUUAUUAUUAGUGUAUUGUUACGUGUUUAUUACUAGUGUUUGCAUAUCUUCAAAUUUUUGUUGUUGUUGUUUAUUUGUUUGUUUGUUUUUUUUGUUUUCUUGAGGGAAAAGCUAAUAAAAUAAAAAUAAAAAAAUUAAUACGACUGAAGGGAGGCUACAUUUUUAUAUCAAACGGUUUGAUUGCUCAAUUUAGAAAGACUAGAACACUUUAAUAGGAGCAAAUUUCAAUGCUAAAAAAAGACGUAGUUGUUUAAUAAAAUGGAAAAUCCACAGAAAACAACCCACUAUUUUAAUUUGCUGUACAAUGAUAGAAAAUAUUCUGUUGUUUUACCUUACUAGACGAGAGAUAACGCUUCCUCUUUUCUUCGCAAGAACCAGGGUCGGAUCUUUAGAGUCGCAGUGCAAUGUCGCCAUCAACGUAAAACCGCUGUCGCCAAAAGCACCUGUGUUAUGUUCAAGGUUCCUGGAACAAUAUAUUGUAAGACAUUCAAACAAAAUAAUGCUGUUGUUGUUGUUGUUGUUGUUUUUUGACUGAGUUUCAAUAAGCUGAAAAGACCGGAGAAGACAUUUAAAAUCGGAAUGAAAAUAAGGAAUGAAGAAAAAAAAGACUUCCUCAAAAAGAAAAAGUUAAGAAAAAAAUAAUAAUAAUUAAAAAAAAGAAGACAAGAAAAGAUAAAAGGAAAAAAUAAUGAAAAUGAUAAUGAUAAUAAUGAUAAUGGUAAUGAUUCCUUCCUAUAAAAAAGAAUGCUAUUUCAAGAUAGACGACGGGGGUUUUGUAUUUGAGCUUCAUUUUCAUUUUAAACUUCACAACAAGUAAUUGGACCACGAUCUUUCCAAUCAUACUUAACUGAAUCGUGAGCUUUCCUUCUACUCGACAACUAAACAUUAUAUAAAGUAACAAGAAUAUAACUGCCAAUUUCCUAAACAACUUGACUUGACUUUCUUAGCUUGCGAUGGCUUUUCAUUUUCACCACUAAGUUUCAGCAAAAUGAAAGCAGUCGGUCUUUUAAACUUAACUAUCUAAUAUCCUCAUUUUUAGGCCCAAUUCCCCAACAGAAUUCGUCAAAGCAAUCUGCAACGUUACCACCUCCAACUUUGGAAAUAACCAGCACCACAGGAUUCCCACCUCGUCCAACCACUCAGGCAGAAAAGGUAACAACAUGCACACAAGCUGUAGUAACAACUGAGGUUUGGAAUGAAUUAUUGGUGUCAUUCUUCUCGUGUAAGCUAUUCCGAAUUCCGAUAAAAUAUUGGAAUUUUUUGCAAUGAAAUUCAGAAUUCUGAGGUUUAGAAUCUGGAAUUCAGCUCACGGAAUCCGGAAUCCUGCUAAGCACAGAAAUCCAGAAUCGCAGUUUCAGUGACAAAGAAUCCGGAAUCCUGUACCUGGAAUCCAAUCCAAGACUAUCUUGGAAAAUCUUACAUGAGGCAAUAGGCCAUUUCCGAGUUCACCCGGGCCUCUGUUUCAAAACGAGGGUAGCUGCUCAGCGUUUGUUAUCGAAAUCACUUUUCAUUCUCAUGCAAAUAAAACUCUUUUUCACAAGAAAAGGUUGUGCACCUAGUCUCAUUUUGAAAGUGAGGGUUUUUGGAACUCGGAAGUGGCCUAUUCGAUACUCCCUCAAAUAUUUCGGAAAUGUUUUCCAAAAGUUCGUGAUAAAUUUCUUGUUCCUUUUUGCGGCGAAGUAAGAACUGUUUUCAACUGUGUCGUUUUGAGAGUUUUCACAUCUCUAAGAGAAGACGAGAGUACACUGCAUGGUUGGGUGCUAAGGAAUUAAUAUACAAACGUAAUCGACUGGUUAAUUGAGUGAUUAAGUUAUAAUUAAAUAAUUAAUUUAUUUGGACUUUUUCCUCUACAACUGGUUUAAUUAUUUUUUGUCUCUUAUCAGGAACCCACAUCUCGGAUAAAAGGUAGUACACAGCAAGAUCAGCUAGUAAUCUUUUCAUCUUAUCGGCUUUCAGUCUUUUAGCUUUUUAUAUUAGUCUUUCAAAACGUUAGCUUGUUAGUCACUCAGUCUGUCAGCCUGUCGGACGAUCAACCUGUCAGCCUGCCAGAUUGUCUUUCUGUCUGCCUCUUAGUCUGUCAACCUGUAAUAGCUUGUCAGUUUACCAAACUGUCAGGCAGUCAGCCUCCGUUUUAUCCUGACAAUCUGUCAGCUUUUCAGCCUGUCAGUUUGUCAACCAAUCAGCUUUGUUAGUCUGUCAGCCUGUCGGCUUUCAAGCCUGUCAGCCUGUUAGAUUGUUCGCAAGUCAGCCUGUCUUCCUGUCAGCCUCUUAGUCUGUCAGCCUGUAAUAACUUGUCAGACUGUCAGGCAGUCAGCCUCCGUUUUAUUCUGACAGUCUGUUACCUUGUUAGCCCGUCACAGUCUGUCAACCAGUCAGCUUUGUCGGGCUACCAACUUGUCGGUCUGUCAGCUCCUCAAUCUGUUGAAGGGCCAGCACUUGAAACGUUAGUUGUUCACGGGCCUUAUCAACUCAGUUGAUAUAAUCAAUUUUUAUGUCAGCUUGUGAUGCUGUCAACCUGUCACCUUGACAGCUUGUCAGUCUCUUGGCUUCUCACAAAGCAAAACAGUAGGCCAGUCUGCCUGUCUGCUUGUCAGUUGGUCAGCCAGUCGGCCUAUCAGCUUGUCGAAUUAUGGUAGUCUGUGGAUAACCUGUCAGUCUGUCAGCCAGUGGGCCAGAUUGUCAGUCUAUCAAACUGUUAGCCUGCUAGUUUGUUAACUUGUUAAUCUUUCAAACUAGCAGUCUGUCAGUCUUUUAGUUUGACAGCUUGUCAACUCUUUCUAGCUUGACUGAUCCCGAAGUCAGUUGUUCAAAAAGCUGCUAACUUCAAAGCAAAGCCAAAGCGCCAACCUAUCAGACGAAGUUCACUACCAAAUGAGAACUCGAAACAAACAAUGAAUCAUGGCUUUAACCAUUUGUCAGAACUGGCCGCGGCCAAAGCGACACAGCUGUAAAGAGAUUUCCACUAUUAAUCAGUACUAUUCAGCCAGAUCAGCUUAUUACAACGUGGUAUAAACGGAAAUGAUUGGUGGCUCGGCCAGUUCUGAAUUUUCUGAUCCGCAGAAGUAAAAAAGUGCCCCCCCAGGCGGUCCUUAAGGCCUUCGCUGAAAUUGCUAACCUGUACAUUCAUGGAGAGUUUCGAAGAACAGGCAAGAAGUACAUCAUACUACAAGCCAUCAUUCUGGAUCCCAUUAGCGUCCAUAUAUAGCGUCUUACAGCAUCUGGGCAUGACAACCAUCAGCCUUGAAUCGCCCUCACCAUGGAGACGAAGAAUAGCAACAACCUCACCACACACAGUUUUUAAGGCAACAGGACGAACACCUCUUUACCAGCUUAAAAAGGAAGCUAACGUAAUGCACUGAUGGGUCAUUGGCUUAGCCUGAGUUUUACACCACCAGCAAUCAAUAACACGCAGUAUUGUUAAAUGUAUUUACGAGCCUCACCGACAUCUUGUAGCAGACGAUCUGUUAUCUCCAAGGAGAAAACAAAUGUCUUCCAAUCUGUCCUUGUUUCUAAUGCUACUCCUCUUUCUUUUUACUUACAGAAAAUUUUAUUGCCGAAACUAUGAGGCCAAACAGUAGUGCUUAAUCUGCGACUGAGUUCAAAUCCACUGCGGAUUUUACCGAAUGUCAGAGGUCUGCCAAGCAACUUCGCCACUACCUACAACAGCAAGGCGUACGCAUUGCCUUCAAGUCGAAGACAGCACUCAGCAAGACGUUUACCUAUUAAGCAAGACGGCUUAGUUUACAAGUUUACAUUUGGGUGA